CUGAUGAAUACUCAGGCGGCCUUCAGAUAAAAUGAACUUUGCGAACUCUUCGCACUUCGAUAUCGCUCGGUUGACAUGGAAAGCGACAGCUCCAUGAUCCAAUCCCUGGUCUGCGACACUUGCUGGGACACCGUGUUCUCCACCGAAGGCUGGCAGACCGUUCUCGCCGGCGAGCAGGUCUCAGGUCACAACGGGUUUUCCAGUGGAUUCUCUUACAAGACCAAUUGGUCUGCUAUUCAGAUAGCAGCUGCCAAUGGCUGUAACUGGUGUCGCCUCCUCACUAAACCCAAGUCGCGCCAGGGUGGAGAAUAUGAGGUGGAGGUAUGGGCCGCCUGCGAUGAAGACUCUGACUGUACCCUGGGCGGAGAAAAGAUGCUGAGAAUCGUUGUGGAUCGCAGCAAAUCACCUGAUGCCCCGUUCUACUGUCAGACACGAACGGGCGCGAAGACUGUCAGUGGAUAUGGCUCACACAACCAAUACUAUAUGUAUACUAGCCAGGAUAUACUGUUAAACUCCGCGUUCAGAAGAUUUGUUGCUGCACGCGAACGUAUCACGGACGUGUCAUCCCCAGAAAGCUAUCAACUGGCCUUGGAAUGCCUUAAUCACUGCAUCCGCACACACCACGGAUGUCCUCCACCGCAGGCAGAUGUUUUCCUUCCUGACCGGGUCAUUGAUUGUUUUAACCCGAGAAAGCCAAAGAUCGUGUUAACGGGUGGCAAACACCAAGGGCAUUAUGUCACACUGAGUUAUGUAUGGGGAGGACCUCAGCCAUUGACAACGACACAAAAUAUCGACAACUACGUCAAUGAGGGCAUGGACAUGUCAAACUUUCCUCAAACUAUUCAGGAUGCCGACUCGAUGAAAGACAAAGAACGUCAACUGGGCCAAAUGCGGUAUAUAUAUCGUAAUGCCUUUCUAACCAUCAAUGUCGCCUGUGCAAGCAGCAGUCAAGAGGGUUUUCUCGCCCGGGACAGGCCACAAAGAUACUCCAACGCCCGAAUUCCGUACCGUUGUCCAGACGGAAAAGUUGGAUCAGUAUGGAUCGCCAAAGCCCAUGACUUUGAUCCGGAUAAUAAUCGUUCAUACUGGGAGGAACUGGAGCCCGCGGCGUACCGAGGAUGGUGCCUUCAGGAAAAGAUGCUUCCGCCUCGAAGUCUAGUAUAUGCAUCCGACACGCUGAAAUUUCAUUGUCAAACUGAGACAGCGAACAUAGGACACGCACUAUGUGAACCUAGCACUGGGAGGCGUCUUCCUGGUAUCAUCUACCAACCACGGGGACCUGGUGGCUCAGACACACCGCUAUCCAAAGAAGAGCAGGUUGCCUAUCGACAGGCGUGGCUGGCUGUAUUGUUCAUGUACACCGUCCGCGAGAUCUCGGUUCCUUCUGACAAGCUCAUCGCUCUCGCUGGUGUCGCCGAGCAAUUUCACCUUGUGUACCACGACGAAUACCUUGCCGGACUGUGGCGGAGAACUUUGUUGCUCGACCUUCUCUGGGCUACGCAAGUGGCGACUCGCCGUCACCCACGACCAGAGAAGUAUCGCGCACCUUCUUGGUCUUGGGCAUCGAUCAACGGGAUUGUGGGAACAAAAUACCUAGAGGCGACGCUAGGAUCAAUGCCAUCGAUCCGACAGGCAGAAAUCCUAGAUUGUCGAGUCACACUAGCUAGCGAGGAAGCACCAUUCGGUGAAGUGAGGGAAGGCAUCCUGAAACUCAAAGGAUUCAAGCAGGAGGUUGCCCUCCAGUCAGACACCGUCGGUGCAGUCCACCUUGCGAAACCAGGGACCUAUAGACAUCGGAUCUAUGGAAGCUGACGCCAGCGAAGACAUCCGAGGUCAAGCUUUUGUUAUCCCGCUCCUGUGGGAUACAGUCGGUUCUUAUUGUCUCGGUCUCGUAGUGGUAAAGGCGGAGGAAAAUGAACCCGAAUAUAGGCGUGUCGGCAGGUUCAAGAAUAGGGUCAAUCAUGCUAACGCACAGUGGCUACAGGGACUGACAGAAGAAGAGAUACUUCUUGUAUGAUCCAUAGGUUGAUAUCAAACUGUGGUUUGAUCGAAAAUGCAAAAGAACUGCACGAGUUGCCG